AUGCCGCUGAUAUUACGCGUUGUUAACUUAAAUUGCUGGGCUUUACCUUUACCAUGGCCAUUUGGAAGCAGUGAUCAAGCUCUUCGAAUAAAAAAGAUUGGAGAAGCUUUGCUGCAAAACGAGUAUGAUAUUGUAUCCCUAGAAGAAGUCUGGGGGGAACGUGAUUUUCUUCAUCUACAAGAAACUUUGAAAGGAACAUAUAUUUAUAGCUAUUACUUUCAUAGUGGUUUCACUGGAAGUGGUAUUUGCGUUUUCAGUCGUCAUCCAAUUGUUUCAACUUUAAUGCAUCGUUUCACAUUGAAUGGGUUUGCUCAUCAUAUACACAGAGGUGAUUGGUUUGGUGGAAAAGGUGUGGGCUUAGUAGAAAUUGAAAUUGAGCAAUAUCGUAUCAAUUUUUAUGCUGCUCAUCUUCACGCUGAAUACAACCCUAACAAAGAUUUAUAUUUACCUCAUCGCCUUGCUCAAGCUUUUGAACUGGCUCAGUUUGUCAAGCACACAAGUUAUUCCGCCGAUGCCUUAAUUCUUGCUGGCGAUUUUAACAUUGAACCGGACAAUCUUGCCUACCAGUUAAUCGUGAAAAACGCAAAUCUAAGAGAUGCUUGGAUUCAGAAACCGAAUAUUUGCGAUGAUUGUGGUGCGACGUUCGAAAGACUUGAUAAUUGUUAUACACCUCAACGACUCAAAAAUAAAGAAAAUUAUGGAAGACGUUUGGAUUAUAUUAUGUAUAGGAAUGGAAAGGGUAAAAUAGAGUUGAAGUUGUGUGAAAUAAGGAUGAAUCGUGUACAUGACCAAAAAUCAAUCAACUAUAGUGAUCAUGUUGGAAUUUACGCUGAAUUUUCUAUAUCGGAGCAGUAUGAUGAAAUUACCGAGUGUCUACCGUUAACUCCAUCGAAUUUGCUGAAAAAAGUUAUCGAAACUCAACAGGAAGGAAUAACUCGUGCCAUUCGGGAUCGUUUUGUUUUCCUUAGCUUAGCUUUUAUCCUUUUUGGAUUUUUUCUGGCCACUUUUUUUGCUGAGCAACAUAUUCCUGGUGUUAAAACAGCGGCAUUAACACUUCGAUUUAUCUUAACAUUAUCAAUAGGAUUUUGCUUGUGGCAUGGUUUCAUUGGCUUAACAUUAGAAUACAAAGCACUGAAAGCAUCGAAAGCAUCAGUAUCUGUGCUAUUAAAUGAAUAG